GUUACUUUAUGUAGAAUCUUCAUUACGAGAAAAGGAAGUCUAGUUGUGCCAUUGCUUGUUUCUGAAGAUUUGUUUGAAGAUGGUUCUGAUAACUAUACCUAAUUAAUAAAAAAAUUAGAGACAAAAUCGAAGUCAAUGGCGGAAUAUGAUCAGAUUUAGAAUGCAAGUCUAAAUAAAGGUGAAAAUUGUCAAUGGGGGAAAACGGAAAGAGAGAAGCGGAUCGAGUGCUGUAAAAUAAAGGAGAUGAAGGGGUCACAUGGAAGAAUUCGAUUUGCUGUUCUCCCGGCAACUUUCGAACAAUAGAAUAGUUAGUAGGUGUGAAGAAAGAAAUUCUUGAUUCUUCAGUUUCUCCGAUCAAAGCCAAUCCUACGCCGUCCAAAACCCACUCUGCAGCCUCGCCUUUUUACUCCUCACCAGAUUCCCCAAUUCAUCUUCCUCCCCACAAGCCAAGAAUCUCUUUCUUCCCCACAGAUUCUCUUUCUACCUCAAAAAGCUUAUUAAUGAUGCCCUUCUUCAUCUCCCCCACUCUUUCUCCGUUUCCUUUUAUCCCUACUCUUUCUCACCUUCCGUCCGUUACUUCUUUUCAUUCUUGGCCGCCAUUUUCUUCUUCUUUUUCUUCUAUUCCUCCAUAGCAUUUAGCAAUGUCUUCUUCAACUACUGUCAACCACCUGUCUCAGCCUUGCAUUUAUGCAGGGCAUGUAGUUUCUUCAUACUCAGAGAAAAAAUCAAGCUUUAUGAGAUGGAUGAGUAAGAUAUUCAAGGGUAGUUCAAGUAGUGGCGGGGUACUUCCAGCUCGGAUGCCACCUCAGCGUACAGGAGAUGAAAGUUCUGUUUUGCGCGCUCCUGUUAGAUCAUUGGAUGAUCACUGUAGAACCGAUAAAGAGGAAUUAGACCGUGCUGUUGCACGGCCUCUACCCCAAGAUUUGAAAAGACCAAAUGGAUACAAAUGGAAAGAGAAGGAUGACCUUAUAAGGUCUCUUCAUGAUGGCCUUAAUUCUUCAUCAUGCCCCCCGUAUGCCCCUCCAUACGCUGCCCCGAAAGCCUAUCAUCCAAGGAGCAUUAGAGUAUGUGGUGGCUGUCGCCAGGAAAUUGGCCAUGGAAAUUACUUGGCAUGCAUUGGGACUUUCUUUCAUCCUGAAUGCUUUCGUUGUCAUGCAUGUGGUUAUCCAAUCACAGAACUCGAGUUUUCUCUGUCAGAGAAGAAGACAUAUCAUAAGUUGUGCUUCAAAGAACUCACACAUCCUAAAUGUGAUGUCUGCCAUCGAUUUAUCCCCACAAAUGGUGCUGGCUUGAUAGAGUAUAGGUGCCACCCGUUUUGGUCUCAGAAGUACUGCCCUUCACAUGAGCAUGAUGCCACUGCACGAUGCUGCAGCUGUGAACGCCUAGAGUCGCGGGAUGCAAAAUAUAUAUCGCUUGAAGAUGGACGAAGGUUAUGUUUGGAGUGUAUGGAAUCUGCCAUCAUGGAUACUGGGGACUGCCAACCAUUGUACCAUGCCAUUAGAGAUUAUUACGAAGGCAUGAACAUGAAGAUUGAUCAGCAAGUCCCUAUGCUUCUUGUUGAAAGACAAGCCCUUAAUGAAGCUAUAGAAGGGGAGAAACAGGGGUUCCAUCUGUUUCCUGAAACCAGGGGUCUAUGCCUAUCCGAGGAGCAAACUGUUACCAGUGUACAAAAAGGGUCAAGAAUGGUUGGUCGUGGCAUGGUAGGAGUGAGAAAACAGCCACAGAGACUGAUCCGAAAAAGUGAGGUUACAGCUAUAUUAGUUUUAUAUGGUCUCCCGAGAUUACUCACCGGAGCCAUACUAGCACAUGAAUUAAUGCAUGCAUGGUUACGUCUUAAAGGUUUCCGCAAUCUGAAGACUGAAGUGGAGGAAGGAAUAUGCCAAGUGCUGUCUCACAUGUGGCUCGAGUCAGAGGUGAUGCCUGGGCUCAGAAACAUGUCAUCAACAUCAGCAGCCCCAUCCUCAUCAAUGUGGGCUCCAUCAUCGUCUUCGUCAUCUUCGAAGAAAGGUAAAAAGUCUGGGAAUGAGAACAAACUGGGAGAGUUCUUUAUGCAUCAGAUAGCUCACGACACUUCGCCCGCAUAUGGAGAAGGAUUCAGAGCAGCUAAUGUAGCUGUGAAUAAGUAUGGUUUGCGAAGUACCUUGAAUCACAUUUAUUUUACUGGAAGUUUUCCCUGUUGAUCUAAACCAAACCAAACUUUGCUAUCUCAAUCUGCAUUAUAUGCACUUUACACGCAGGAAUUCUCGGAAUGUUCCCACAUUUAGGGAAUGUUUCAGAAACCUUUCGGUAACUACUCAAAAAAUGUUUUAAAUGGUGGAUUUCCCUUUGUUAAAUGAGACCUUUCCUCC